UUCACUGAUGCAUGGUACUCAUUCCUUUGCCAUACUAAUAAUUAGAGAGGUUAGUGUUUCAGUCGUUGUUUUUUGAGACAGGAACAGACAUGGCUUCCUUGAAAGAAUCGUGGAGAAAUGCCAGCCAAGGYCAUUUUAAUAUUGCCUUGGACGAAAUGGAAUUUACAACCAGUGUCCUCAGCGAAAACGAUAGAAUCUUCCUCGAUGCCGUGAGACGAGAUGACAUGACUGCCGUCAAAGAAUUGAUCGAUGGAGGAUUGGUUGAUGUAAACUGUAUGGAUGACAAUGGCYUAACACCUGUACAGAUAGCUGUCAAGGAAGGAWACCUCAACAUACUCUCCUUCUUGCUUUAUAGAAAAGYUGACAUUUUUAUUGGCAACGCUUUACUCGAUGCCAUCAACAAGGAAUCUCUAGAAUGUGUCAUGGUUUUGGUCGACUACGACAAACACCAAAGGGAAGCCGGAACUCUACCAGUGAAAAAGGAAAGGAAAAUGWGCGCGAUUAAAGAAACGGAGCAUUACACCAGUUUUUUAACACCUCUCACCCUGGCAGCUCAAUUAGGCAACUAUGAAAUCACAAAGUUUCUAAUGACACAAGGCUACACCAUCGAAGAUCCCCAUCAAAAGUUCUGUGACUGUGUAGAGUGUUCAAAACUAGGUAGACUUGGAUGUUAUCUGAGCCAUCUAAAUACUUAUCGUGCCUUGGUAAGCCCUGUGUACAUCUCACUGACAUUUCUCCUUACGGAGGAAAAUCAGAGAACGAAAAAYGUUGAUCCCUUUUACAGGGCUUUAGUUUUGAAGAAGGAAUUAUUGGAGCAUGCCGACAUGGAAUAUGAGUUCCGAGAAGACUACUUAAAGUUGGCAAAAGAGUGCGAGGACUUUGCUGCUUUGCUGUUGGACCAGUGUCGUGAUUUGCAGGAGAUUUCUAGUACCAUGGCUAUGCCUGGAAUGAAAGGAGUUGCUGGAGUAGAAGUAAGAGGUGRCUCGAGCAGACAGAAAAAACUAAGUGUGCUUAACUUUGCCAUCAARUACAGGAGUAAAAAGGUAUACAUAUUGRUAGGGCUUUGGGUGUUUGGCAUCCUCGUGGAAGAAGUCAAACAAGCACGCCGUCAGGGCAAGGAACGCUACAUAUCACAGUGGUGGCAUCUCAUUACCCUAGUCAUUAUUACCUUUUUCUUGUUAACGGGAGCCCUGUGGAUAUCUGGUUAUGCGAUGMUCGCUGAAAAAGAAGACAGCUUGUCUUUAUCCGUGAAAUUCUUGUUCAAACAGACAAACGUCACMCCUCGCACGCUGCUSCUGCUGUCGAACAGCUUUUACGCUGUCAGCUUGGUGUUGACUUUCUUUCAAGUCUCCCAUUACUUACAGGUUAGUUACCUGCUCGGCCCYCUGCACAUGUCCAUGAUGAGAAUGGCUUAA